UUUACGACAGUGUCCGGAUCACAGGCUUGCUUUCCGGCGGCGGGGGCUAAUGGUCUGCUUAGUUUCCGAUAACGCCGUGCAGGCCUGCCCCCAGGUGUGAAUGGGCCUCAGGUGGGGUUCAAAGGUUCGAGUCCCAAUACGGGAAUGAGCCUCUUUGACCUCUUUCGGGGAUUUUUCGGCUUUUCUCGACCUCGGAGACACGACAUUGAGCACUCACCCUGCGACAGUAGCCAAGGCGGUCGUUAAGAGGAGGAGAAAGGGCAGCUUAAGCCUUUCUCCGAUCUGGGGUGAUGCAACGGGGGCCCAGGCGGGGAAGACAAUGGGGCUCUGGGGAAGACGACAGUGACUACAGAGAUCCCUUUUUUGGAGGGAUGACUCGAGAUGAAGAUGAAGAGGAUGAGGAAGAGGAAGAAAAAGGAGCCACGUGGGGCCGUGGAAGCUCGAGGUUUGAGGGUCCCCAGCCCCCCGAGGAAUUUGGCUUCGGUUUCAGCUUCAGCCCAGGAGGAGGGAUGCGGUUCCAUGACAACUUCGGCUUUGAUGACCUAGUACGGGAUUUCAAUAACAUCUUCAGCGAGAUUGGGGCCUGGACCUUGCCUUCGCGCCCUCCUGAACUUCCAGGUCCUGAGUCAGAGACACCUGGUGAGAGACGGCAGGAGGGUCGGACACUUCGAGACUCAAUGCUUAAGUAUCCAGAUAGCCACCAGCCCAGGAUCUUUGGGGGGGUCUUGGAGAGUGAUGUAAGAACUGAAUCUCCCAAACCAGCACCAGACUGGGGCUCCCAGAGACCUCCCCGUAGGUUUGAUGAUAUGUGGCCUGUGACCCCCGACUCUAGAGCCAAAGAGGACAAUGAUCUUGAUUCCCAGGUUUCCCAGGAGGGCCUUGGUCCAGUUCUGCAGCCCCAGCCUAAAUCUUAUUUCAAGAGCAUCUCUGUGACCAAGAUCACUAAGCCAGAUGGGACAGUGGAGGAGCGCCGGACUGUGGUGGACAGUGAAGGCCGGACAGAGACCACAGUAACCCAUCAAGAAGCAGAUGGCAGUCCUAGAGAUGAUCCAGAAUCACCAACACCUCCAGCCCUGGAUGAUACCUUUUCCAUCCUGGAUUUAUUCCUAGGACGUUGGUUCCGGUCCCGGUAGCCUUGUUAAAUCUCAGAGACCUUCAGGUUCUUUCACCUCCCGCCCUUUGCUCACCAUCAAUGAGCUUAGCUUCUCCUCCUGCCGCCUCAGGACCUUGGAUGUGUGGAACAGUGAAUUGGGGGUAUGUCAGUAUGUCACUCACCCAAACUGACCAAUAAAACCUUUAUUUAUGCUAA